AUGGAGGCUAUGCUUCGUGUUGCUUCAUGUUGGAGUGUCUGUCUGUUGCUCCCAAGUGUGAACAGUACUUUUUCCAGCAAGAUUGAGAAAAUUGUGCAUUCGAUUAUAUCAUCCUUUGCAUUUGGACUAUUUAGAGUUUUCCUGGUCUUACUGGAUGUCACUCUCGUCCUUGCCGACCUAAUUUUCACUGACAGCAAACUUUAUAUUCCUUUGGAGUAUCGUUCUAUUUCUCUAGCUAUUGCCUUAUUUUUUCUCAUGGAUGUUCUUCUUCGAGUAUUUGUAGAAGGGUAUGGUUUCUGCGGAUUCUCUGCUCUUUGUGCUCUCCUCCCCACAUUGGUGGCUCCAUCUGGCACAGGGAAGCUUCUGGAUGCCAGAAGGGAACAACACUACAGUCGCCCGUGGUUUUGUUUCUGUUCAGUCUCCAUCGUGACAUGCCACACUCUCCUGGUUUGGGCCCUACUCAUUUUUUUACUGCCUUCCUGCCUGCCCUUUUUGUGCAGGUGGAUUCUCGCUCUGUCACCCAGGCUGGAGCGUAAUGGCACAAUCUUCGCUCACUUCAACCUCUGCCUUCUGGGUUCGAGCAAUUCUCCUGCCUCAGCCUCCUGAGUAACUGGGAUUACAGGCGUGUACCACCACAUCUGGCUAAUUUUUGUAUUUUUAGUAGGGACGGGGUUUUACCAUAUUGGCCAGGCUGGUCUUGAGCUCCUGACCUCAAGUGAUCCACCCGCCUCAGCCUCCCAAAGUGCUGAGAUUACAGGCUUGAGCAGCCUUGCCCAGCCAAAAGUAAACGUUCUAAUUCCAUCA